AUGCAAAAGGAUCUGGGUAUGAGUGAUCCUCAGUGGUCCGCCGGAAUUUCUAGGUUCUAUGUCGGUUACAGUAUCUCUCAAAUACCUGCCAAUGUUAUCAUCGCCAAAGAAAGCCCUCGUCUUCUUCUCCCUCUUUGCAUGCUCGCCUGGUCUAUAGUCACCAUAUGCAUGCCUGCCGUGACAGCGCCCUGGGCAUUUAUUUUUUGCCGUUUUCUUAUUGGUCUUGUUGAGGGGCCUUUCGUUCCUGCUGUCUCGUUGAUGACUUCAUCCUGGUAUACGAAGCACGAGUCUCCUCUUCGGAUGAGUAUAUGGCACGCUGGUAACACUAUCUCACAGGCGCUGUCGGGUCUUCUCGCAGCUGGAAUCCUUUCCAAUAUGGAGGGAGUGGGGAAUAUUAGGGCGUGGAAAUGGUUUCUUCUUCUCGAAGGCAUGGCCAGUAUAAUCGUUGCUGUCGUAAGCUUCUGGUUUAUUCCAAAUUUCCCCGAUUCGACAGGUUCAUACUUCAUUACCGAGGAAGAGUCUGCCAUGGCUCAGCAUCGGCAAUCGGUUUCUGCUGGUGGGCUAUCUGAGGAUGAUUCAGGCGGCCACUGGGAUGGAUUCUGGAAAGCCAUGAAGGACCCUUUUUCGCAUCUCUUUGCGGGUAUUCACUUUUCCUUGAUUAUUGCGCAGUCGUAUAAAGACUUUUUUCCUUCGAUCGUGAAAACUCUUGGAUUUAGCAAUAACAUCACAUACCUCAUUCAAGCACCCCCACCGGCCAUCGCAUUUUUACACGGCUACCACAUCAUCGGACCUAUUUUAGCGACUCUCGUUGGCGCUGUGGUGAUGAUCACAACCCUCAACGUGGGUGCUCGCUACUUUGCUAUGUCCUCUCCUUGUGGUGGGUCCGUCCAAAUUUCGUGGGAAACAACUGUCGUUCCUCGCCCUCGCACUAAGCGUGCUGCUCUCGUUGCUUAUGCCAAUUGUGUCUCUUCCGUGUCUCAUUGGUUCACUCCAUACUUCUUCCUAACCAACCAAGAGCCUUAUUACCAGACUGGCGGAGGUGCUACUAUUGCCGGCUGUGGUCUGACUACUAUUUUUGUUCUCAUGACCAAAUGCUAUUGUUCUAAGAAAAACAAAGGUCUGAAGGCAAGGCAGCUGAAGACGCUGCUGGUGAGCCUGAAGGAUGGAGAUAUGCUAGUUAGUAUUAGCAAGAGACCUGAUCGGACCUCGGGGCCGAAUACUAGUAGCAGUAUGCGCUAA